AUGGCUGACUUAACCAACACCUUCCCAGCCUUCUCCCUCGCCGGGGUUGCCAAUGCAAAUGGCUACUGCAGUCUCGCUCUGGCAGAGGCGGUACUGGGAUGCGGGACCCUUGAUAUCGAUCUGGGGGGCAGCUCGUUCAGGGCUGAUAUUCUGCCUGACAGAAUCAUCAUCUCUGCUACUGAACCGCUCGAGGGGGAUGCUUUUCGUGCAGAGGGCAGCUCCACCACCGAGACCGCCGAGACGACAAGCAGUGCGACAGGCGUUUCUUCUUUGGUAUACCGAUUCGCACCACCAGCUGGUCCGGGUGGGCUGUUGUGGGCGCUUGACCUGCAGCAGGCCUCUACGUCGACGAUUCGAUCGACUGUGACAUCUACCCGGACGAGCACGAGGACUUCGAAGUCGACUUCUACUUCUACCUCGACUAGGACUUCGACCAGGCCGACGACUUCGACAUUGACGGUUAGGGCUACUUCGACAUCUACUGCCAGGUCUGCUUCUAUUUCCGCCGCUAGGUCCGCCUCAACUAGAUCUACUUCAACAUCAACCUCGAGGUCGACUUCCACCUCGACAUCGCGAUCUACCUUGACACCAAGGCCAUCCACCACGUCAACGUCUAUUCCAACUGUCAGGUCAGCGUCUACUUCGACCGUGAGGCCAACCACAACCAUCAGAUCAACUUCGACCUCGAUAAGAACCUCGACCAGGACCUCCACGUCCACCUCGACAUCCACCGUAACUCGGAGAUUCCCCUUUCUGACAAUCGGCAGAAGUGCCGCUUCGUCAACCGUUGCACCCGCAGCCAUCACCGGCCCCAAUUUCCCUGGCGCCCCUCGCUUCCCUCCAGGAAGAACACUCCAUACCUCGUCCUCCUCCUCUUCUCCUGCAACCGCCCCCGUAGCACCGCCCGUCUCCCCAACACGACUCCCCGUUCAAGAUCUCCUAUCCCUCCACGGGGUCCUCAACACCAUCCUCGGCCGACGCUCCUACAGCGCCAAGGCACAAGACAAGGACGAACCCGAGCUCAACACCCCCAAAGGCAGCAGCAACCUCCCCGGCCCCAUCCCUCCUGCCUCUCAGGCCGAGGGCGACCAGCCCGAUCUGGCCAACAAUGCCACCGAACUCAUCUCCUCGUCUUGCCCCCGGCCUGGCGAGUCCAAGCUCGUCGACAUCAACAUCGACUUGUCGCGCAUCAACAUCGAUCUUGACGUUUAUCUCGACAUUCUUGGCGGUUCGGCUUCUUCGUCUGGUGGUGGUGGUCUUGUCUCUGGUUUGCUUGAUGGGAUUCUCGGUCGGCGGGAUCUGAAGGCAAAGGCUGAGGAGAAGGCUGGGGAGGCGAGGGAAAGGGCUCAGGAGCUCAGGGACCGUCUCAGGGCUGAUGCUCGGGAGAAAAAGGAGCGGGUGUUGAAGAAGACGUAUGAGGCUAGGUGUGGUGCUGUUCUUGCUGUUCCCACUGCUGUCUCGUCAGCUGCUCCUUCGGCAACAAGCACCGGGGCUGCUCCUCCUCCUCGUCCUGCCAAGGGUAAUAACCGGCUGAGUCGGCCUGAGCUGCCAGCGGGGGAGGUCACUGAGACGGUUGUUACUGUUGAGGAGGUCAGUGAGGAGGUUGUAGUGGAGGAGUGUAUUCUGACGUGUGAGCGGGCGUCGGUGAAGGCGAGUGUCGAGGCUGGGGAGGUGAGGGGGUGUCUUGGGGUUACGGUGAGGAGGAGGGCGGGGGUGGAUAAUUGUGUGUAUUUUGUUGGUGGGGUGGAGGUGGAGGAUUUGGAGGUUGUGUUGUUGAUUGAGGAGGAGGUUCAGGGUGGUAGGUUGGGUGAGGAGGUGGACGAGGACGAGGACGAGGAUCUGAGGAGUGAUUCUUUUGUUCCUGUUGGGAGGGUUAGGAGGGAGUAG